CUAGGACCGCGGCUCUGUGCAUCCCGCCCUCCCGGUGCAAGGCCGGGUGGGUGGGCUUCCGAGUUUAGCAGAGCGACUUCCGGGAGGCGGAGCCUCAGCCCGGUUUCCUCUCUCCGGACCCGAGUUGGUCCCGGCAUCUCGGUUCCCCGCAGCUCGGCGGCUGCAGCAGCAUGGGAGGCGCACGGGACGCGGGCUGGGUGGCGGCGGGGCUGGUCCUGGGCGCCGGUGCCUGCUACUGCAUCUACUGGCUGACUCGGGGCCCGCGGCGAGCACGCCGCCGCCUGCGCCCCUCGCGGUCCGCAGAAGACUUAACCGAUGGUCCCUAUGAUGCUGUCCUAAAUGCUGAACAACUUGAGAAACUCCUAUACCUGCUGGAGUCGACCGAUGAUCCUAUAAUUGUUGAGAAAGCCUUGGUCACCCUGGGCAAUAAUGCAGCCUUCUCAACCAAUCAAGCCAUUAUUCGUGAGUUGGGUGGUAUCCCAAUCGUUGCAAACAAAAUCAACUCUCCGAACCAGAGUAUUAAGGAGAAAGCAUUAAAUGCACUAAAUAACCUGAGUGUGAAUGUUGAGAAUCAAGUCAAGAUAAAGGUGUAUGUCCAGCGAGUCUGCGAAGAUGUCUUUGCGGACCCCCUGAACUCUGCCGUGCAGCUGGCCGGGCUGAGGCUGCUCACAAACAUGACUGUCACCAACAACUACCAGCAUCUGCUCAGCAGCUACAUCACCGGCCUGCUCCACCUGCUGCUGACCGGGAACGGAAGCACCAAGGUCCAGGUGUUGAAGCUGCUUUUGAAUUUGUCUGAGAACCCAGAUAUGACAGAGGGGCUGCUGAGUGCCCAGGUGGACGCUUCCUUUCUUUCCCUGUAUGAUGGCCGAAUAACAAGUGAGAUUCUUCUCCGGGCUCUCACGCUGUUUCAGAACCUAAACAACUGCCUCAGGGUGGAAGGCUGCUUGGCUGCUCAGCUGCCCUUCGCCAAAGGUUCAUUGUUUUCCCUGCUGUAUGGAGAAGACUGUGCCCAGAAGAUGAGGGCGUUAGCUCAUCACCACGAUGCGGAUGUGAAAGAGAAGGCUUUGGCAAUACUGCCGAAAUUCUGACUGGUUGCUCCUACUGUUUCUCUCUCUCCCUCUCUGUCUCUGUGUGUGUGUGUUUUGUUUUUCAAGACAGGGUU